AUGGAGGGACUAUUGACUUUGCUCGUUUUGAGCAUUGUGAUGGCAAUUACGUCUUUUGUCGUGGGCUCAUUACCGCUCGCCUUCACACUUUCCCCUUCCCAGCUGAGGCUCAUAUCCUCCAUUGGCAUGGGAGUAUUAGUUGGAACAUCUUUGAUUGUGAUUAUACCAGAAGGGGUGGAAACCCUGUACAGCGCGAGCCUGCCUGCCGCCCGAAACAGCAUCAGCACUCGGUCAUCAAAUAUAGCCACUGGCAAGUGGCAAACUCAAGAAUCUCCAGCGGUCAAUUUCAUUGCGUCGAGGGAAGCAUUGGGCCUUGCAAACACGCCUGAGGUGUCCUCGUCUAUUUCGGAUGUUGUAUCGACUUCACCUACGCUAUAUAUUACUCGCGAUGGACAAAACGAGAUGUACGAACGGAAAGAGGAGGCGUCAGGCGACACUGAUCAUGAAGCUCACGAGGGAGAGAGCUCGCCUCACGCUUGGAUUGGAGUUGCCUUGAUUAGUGGGUUCAUACUGAUGUAUCUGAUUGACAAACUUCCUGUCCUGGCAUCACCACACAAACAGGAGAGGAUCCCUUACCACAUAUCGCUAGACAACCUGGGAUCGGGGCUGCGACGCAACUCAUCUCCUUCUCGAGAGGGGGGUCUCCUGGAUGCUGGAAAUGUCCCCAAGAGUAGUCACAGCUUCGCUACAACCACCGGACUUGUCAUCCAUGCUGCCGCCGACGGAAUUGCUCUAGGUGCUUCCAGUUCCGACUCUGGGCUAAGCUUUAUUAUAUUUCUUGCGAUCAUGGUCCAUAAAGCACCGGCUUCUUUCGGCCUUACUUCUGUGCUGCUAAAACAAGGACUUUCUAGCCGCACGGCUAGAGCUCAUCUCUUAGUGUUUAGUCUGGCGGCCCCCUUGGGAGCUCUGAUGACUUUUUUAUUUGUGCAAAUAAUGGGGUCGGGGUCCAGCGGCGACGAAGUUAGUACUCGAUGGAGAACAGGUGUACUGCUGUUGUUCUCUGCUGGUACCUUCUUAUAUGUUGCCAUGCAUACGAUGCAGGAGAACAGCCCCAGCAAUUCACGCGAGUCGCCCGUGAAUGGGUAUGGUGAUCCCCGAGAUCUCCCAGCAAAGCACGAUAAGUCUAUGAGAGAUCUUAUAGCUUCUGUUGUGGGCAUGAUCUUGCCGCUAUUCCUGCAAAUAGGCCACGCUCAUUAG